AAAAAAGAUGUGGUCAAAUUGAGUCCAUGGCUGCCGUAGUGUACAUGGAAACCGUGCAGAUAAGGCCCUCUCUCUCUCUUGUUGUGUGUGUAUGUGAGAGAGAAACAGAAAUAUUCUGUUUUGAAGUAGCUAUCAUGUGUGUGUAUUUUUCUCUGUGAUAUAUAUCAUUCAAACAAAGAGAAAAAGACGAACAAUAUGUCUCAUAACUUGAUUCAAAACUCAAACCAAAAAUCCAUGGAGUUUCUUUCUUUUUCUAGGUGUUCUUCAUCUUUGAAUAACACUAACUGAGCUUCAUAAUCCAUCAAGUUCAUGUAUUUAUCUUCAUCUUUACUUGGAUUAGUUACAAGUUCUUUACUUUCUCAUUUCUUACCUUAAUGUACGCUUUCAUUCUUCAAGAAUCCAUUAAAGAGAUAGUAUUGUCUGGUUAAUCUCUUCAUCUUUAAGGAAACACUUGAGUUACAUCCAUAAUCAUCAUCUUCAUUUGUUCAUGUUCAUGUUCAUGUUCAUGUUCAUGUUUAUGUUUAUGUUCAUGUUUAUGUUCAUGUUCAUGUGUAUAUAGUGAUUAGAAGCUCUUUUGUUCUUCAUCACUUGCUUAAACUUGUUUUUUCUUAUUAAAGAUUCAAGAAAGAUGAUGUCUAGUGAUGGGUUUUCAUCACCACCUUCUUCCCUCACCUCCUUCAUCCAAGAUCCCAUCCCAAACCCUAACCCUAAUUCUUCCAUUGCGGGCAAACGAAAGCGUAAUCAGGCCGGUAAUCCAGAUCCAGAAGCUGAGGUUAUCGCGUUAUCGCCAACAUCAUUAAUGGCUACGAAUCGAUUCGUAUGUGAGAUUUGCAAUAAGGGUUUUCAAAGAGACCAGAAUUUGCAGCUUCAUAGAAGAGGACACAACUUGCCAUGGAAACUUAAGCAAAGAAACAAGAAUGAAGUGUUGAAGAAGAAAGUGUACAUAUGUCCAGAGAAAAGUUGUGUUCAUCAUGACCCUUCUCGAGCUCUUGGAGAUCUGACCGGCGUUAAGAAGCAUUAUAGUCGGAAACAUGGAGAAAAGAAAUGGAAAUGUGAAAAGUGUUCAAAGAAGUAUGCGGUUCAAUCGGAUUGGAAAGCUCAUAGUAAGAUUUGCGGUACUAGAGAGUACAAAUGCGAUUGUGGAACAUUAUUUUCAAGGAAGGAUAGCUUCAUAACACAUAGAGCAUUUUGUGAUGCUCUAAUGGAAGAAAACUCAAGAAUGGCAUCACUUCCAAUGGUUCCAAACAUGGGGAGUUUGGGAUUCCGGAAUGACUUAAUGAUGAUGAACGGCGGUGGUGGUGGCGGCAGUGGUGACGGACAGUUUCAAGGUGUAUUUGGUGGAGUCUUAGACAACAAUCUUGACGUCAAUGGAGCAAAACCAAGAUUACCACUUUGGUUAGACCACAAUGCCACCAAUCCCCACCUAGAAAACCCUAACAACUCAACAUUUCUAGGCUCAUCAAGCUCACACUACAACAAUAAUGGAAUGCUACCACCGGAAAUGAUGAAUUGGUUGGGUAGAUACAACGGAUUACCACAAGGGUUAUCUUUGAAAGAGGAAGAACAACAAGCCCAAAAAGAAAUGCAACUAAACUCAAUGUACAACUUUGGUGGCUCCACAUCACAAAACAACCUCAUGUGCUCAACCCUACCACCAGUUUCACCACCGCCGGUGGGUAACAUGUCGGCCACCGCCCUCCUACAAAAGGCAGCUCAAAUGGGGUCAACAAGAAGCACAAACACCGGUGGAAAUGAUACCGCUUUUGGGCUCAUGAGUACAACUCUCUCUCAUCUAUCAAGCCCUCAAAAUGGUGAAAGAUUAAUGAUGAUGGGGGCACCCGUGGCGGCCACCGAUGGACCACCACCGAGCAAACCGUCCGGUGGUGGUGAGUUUGGUGAUGGUGAUCUAACAAGGGACUUUUUGGGUGUUGCAAGAAAUGAGAGAAAUGUGUCGUUUAGUUUACAACAAGAGUUGAACAAGUUUGCAUCUUCAUCAAUGGGAUUUAGCCAAUUCAACCGGAAUCAGGAGUAACAUUGUAUGUAGUGAUGCUUUGCUGGCUUUUAGCGACUGGUUUUUGGACAAUUUAUGUAGUGACAGGUUUGUUUCUGUCACGAAAUAUGCAGGUUUCUAUGGUUUUAAGUUUUAACAUCCUUUGUUGUGCAAAACGAAUGGCUAGUUUUUAUGACGACCAUUACACGUAUUUUUCA